UAUAUCGCCAUGGGUAUUACUGAAAGCAAGAUUCAUAGACAAUUUUUCUCUCUUUGUCCAAUGUUGUGUUGUUCUUUGUAAGAGAGGAAAGAUUAUUCAACAUUUUCGAUAUCAAGAGAGGAGGUUUGCACAAAAUCAGGCAAUAUAAAGGAGAUCUGGUCUUCCAGUAGAAUCAUGAUACGCGACGACAGGAGCUCAGGCAGUGUUCCCACGUCCGUAUGCAAACUUCGAUCUUUACCCAGGCUAUUUUGAGUGGUGAACGGAAGUUCAGGGAAGUGCGCUGCGGAGAUGAAUUGAUUGACAUAAGGAUUUUCGAGUUGUUCACUCUUGAACGCCGUCCACCCCUUUGAGACAAGAGAAGCGAGUGGGCAUGAGCUCAAAUCGAAAGCUAGCCCUGGUGGCUGUUCUCACAGUAUUGUUGGUGUAUAGCAUCGGCUACGCUGUUGUUCCACUCAUUCCCAAGUUGAAAUUUGUUCCGAUAGAAGAAGAACUCUUGGCGGUACGCAAUGAUUCAAAGUCUUCUUGCCUCCGAGAUGCAUUUUCGGACAUUGUACUUGUAAUUGUUUACCACUUUCCUCUCUACUCCAGUAUUCCAACUCUCACUGCAUUGUACAAGAAUGCAUUUCCAACGAUCAUGUAUUGCGGACCGCAGAAGAAUAAAAGCAACCUUGUUGAGGCUCUUGACGUUAACAAAGGAUACUUUGCCUACAUGUGCAUGUCACGUGCCAUGGAGAAAUAUCCGGGAUACGCUGGUUAUUUACAAAUCAGCGAUGACGUAUUGUUAAACUACUGGAAUCUGGUGGGAGUCAACCGAGACAAAAUCAGAGUAUACCCUAGGUAUCCAAUAGGGAUCAAGGGUUGGUAUUGGUGGAAUUCAAGGUGGGGAUGGAAAACUUGUCGCAAGGCUUACAAUGAAAUCUGGAGUUUGCGCAAGAGAGACCGUUCCUCAGACCCGUUACGGGUCAUAAACGGGUCCGUCGAUCUAUUAAAAAGGAGUAAAAACUGGUCUCUCCUUUGCGAUCGAGGACGCUCAGACAUAUUUUACAUUCCCGGUAAAUUUGCAGAUGCAUAUCAAAACCUGUCCCAUAUUUUUCACAAGCAUCAAACAUUUCUAGAAAUUGCAGUUCCUACGAUGUGUCGAAUCCUUGACAAGGUGGAAAAUUUUCAGUAUAUCCGUGGAGUUUAUCUCCCAGGGAAGUCAGCGGACGGGCAGUCUGAACUCUUCUGGAAAAAAUAUGACAAGACCCGCUUGGUGUUUAUUCAUCCUUUUAAACUUAGUUUUAAACAUGAUGGAGCCUUGAAUAAGGAAUUAAUUAGAAACUGGAUCCUAGAGUAUAGUGACAAUUUGAGUAAAUGUUAAAGAAAAGUAAUGACAGGAGCCUUGUGGUAGCUGGAAUGCAGCUUGGCUCCUCGGGGGAAUCUUGUGAAUAAUAACGAAAAAUUAAAAGAUUGCUACCAUUUCGAUAGCCUUAAAGCCUUAUAGAGGAUGAUAAGGAUACAUUUUAUUGGGUCUGCCAGUGUAUAAUGUGCAAAUAAAAAUAAUAAUUUCACUUAUUCGUUGCGGAAAAGUAUCAUACGUUCUUGAAGAUUAAUUUCGUAUCCCGUCGUCAGGUACAUUCAUGCAACAUUGUCUAUGAAAAAGUUUUUAGCUAGUAAAAGAAGAACUGUGAACAUUAUCCUUGUCUCAACCGGAAGCCAUGGCUAGUGAUGUUCCCAAAGGGCUGGUGUAGGCUUUGGUAGAUUGUGCUGGCAUGAUGUCAAGCAAAAUUCAGCAAAACGAGCGUUAUUUUCAGCUUUUAUUUCAGUUUAGCACUGCUGGCAUAAUCCGAGCUUUUAUGCGUUGAAAACAAAAAAAAAC